AGUAUUGUGAUAACCAAGACCCAGACCGUUGGAGGGAGGAGGAGUGUCAACACGUCAUCUCAACUCAACACGCUCGCGUCCCGCGAACACCCCGUGGCUCUCUCUCCCCCAGGCCGCCCAGACACCCGAGACAAGGCCAACACAUGGAACACUAGACAACACACAGGUGCAGGAGGUUCAGGGGAGGUGACGAGUGAGAGAGCCAACACACACACAGGCCAGGUGUGCGCCAGGGCCUUGCCAGUACAUGAGGUGCCGGUGCUGUGUUCUGCGGGCCGUCCACCAUGGAGCUGAGGUUACACUUGUUAGUCCUGGUGUGGAUGUGUGUGGGUGCCCUGGCCAAGAAGAACAUUGAGGAGGAGGAGUAUGGGGUGAGGUACGCCACUGACUGUGAAGUGUGCAAGCUGGUGACCAAGGAGGUGGGUGAGCGUCUGCAGGCCAAGGACUCGUCGGGGGUCAUUGAGAUGGGCUACAGCAUGGAUACCAAGAAGAAGAAAACCAAGUACAACAAAUCGGAGCUGCGCCUGGUGGAGACCCUGGAGGAGGUGUGCCGGGGUAUGAUGGACUACCGCAUCCACAAGGAGCGCACGGACUCCACGCGCUGGGCCAAGAAGAUGAGCCAGACCUUCCAGACCCUGCAUAACCUGGUGAACAAGGGUGUGAAGGUGGACCUGGGCAUCCCCAUGGACCUGUGGGACGAGCCCUCUGCGGAAGUGGCACACCUCAAGACACAGUGUGAGGGCUUCGUGGAGGACAACGAGGAGGUCAUCAGCGACUGGUACUUUGGGGACCAGGGCGACACGCUGCAGGAGGCGGUGUGCUCCCAGGUGCUGCGGGAACGCCAGUGCCUCACCGAGCCCUACGGGGAGGAUGUCAAGUCUCCCCCGUCGCCCAAGGGUCAGGGUGCCAAGGGGGACUCUGCCCGGACUGCCUCGGAGAAGGAUGAGUUCUAGUGACCGUGGGUGUGAAGGGAUGUGUUUGUGUGUGUGAAGGGAUGUGUUUGUGUGUGUGAAGGGAUGUGUUUGUAUGUGUGAAGGGAUGUGUUUGUAUGUGUGAAGGGAUGUGUUUGUGUGUGAGGGGAUGUGUUUGUGUGUGUGUGUGUGUGUGUGUGUGUGAGAAAGAAAGAAAAAUGGAGAGAAGUGAAGAGAUUGGAUAGGAUGGGAUACGAAGAGAAGGGAAGGAAAGGAAAGAGAGAGAAGGGAAGAGAGAGAGAGAGAGAGAGAGAGAGCAAGGUCAUAAAGCAGCAUUAGGUUUUAUACUGUCAAUGUUUUCUUAUAUGUAUAGUUUGCAAGUGUCUUUAAAAUCAUUCAUUGCUCAUCAUGGGAAGGCAGAUUAAUGAUAAUGGUAAUGAUAAGGAGGAGGAGGAGGAGGAGGAGGAAAAGAUAUACUAGUGUUUGUGUGUGUGUGUGUGUGUGUUACCAAUGGAUGCUGUUACAAGGUGCCACAAAUACAGAUAGAUAGAAAGAUAGAUUAGUUGAUUGAUAGAGAGAUAGACAGAUAGUUACAUCGAUAAACUGAUAGAUAAUUUUACUGUCUACCAAGAUGCAUGGAAAGAAUAAGUUACAUAAAUAUCUCUCAUGUGGACCAGAAUUUUGUAAUACUCAAUAACUGACAAAAGUAUCAAGUGUGUCUAGAGUCUGCUUCUGUCCUUUUUCUUCUCCUAAAAAAGUCUUCUUUACUUUAAAAUGCUACACUCUUUAUAUACUAUGUUCAGAGUAAGGAUGUCUUGCUACACUUUUGACAAACUAAAGUCAGAGUGAGGACGUACCUUAUGAAUGCUGCACUCUUGACCUGUUCCCGUCAGAGUGAGGAUCUAAGAAUAAAAUGCUACACCUUCCUUUAAAAUAAAAGAUGAGAAUUAGCUAAAUAAAAUGCUUCACUUUACUUUAA